AUGAGAAUCUUCAUUAUUGAUUGCUUCCCUCACAUUAUUGUACAGGAAUUCUUUUUGCGAAAACUCGACUGGCCAAAAGAAUAUACAGAGGAAAAGGUAGGAAGUAAACUAUUUUUAAUUUUUUAUAUAAUCUCGAACGGUUUGUGUCAAUGUAGAUAGUGACGAUAAUAAGAAAGCUGCUGAUGAAUAGGGAUGCACAACUACCUGAAAAAUACAAGCAGAACUUCGACGUUUCGAGCGAAGGCGCUUCGUCGUGAAGUUAUUGACAACUUUCUAUUAUUAUAAGUAAACUAAUAGCGUUAGUUUACUUAGGCCAAAUUAUAAGGUAGCCGCGUUGUCCUAGCUAUAGAAAUACUAUAGGUCCCAGUAAGGACACUUGAUGUCCAAUUGUGUGAGGCUAUAAUAAUAAUCAUUAAAUAUCUUCACUUCUAUAGAUGUUGAUUCUUGUGACUGACUGGCAAUUGGCGCACAUGAACCUCACUCGAGCUCCUUUAUUUUUCCCAGCCAGGUACUGUAUAUACGGCACAAUAAGUAAAGCAUACGGCUUACUGCUAAACGUUAGUCAUGGUGUAGGCUGCCUUGUCAUUUAAGGAGUGUAUUUUAUUUUUCAUGGAAACCUUAGAAACAAAAUACGAAUGCUUAUAUCUAGUUAUUAACUUCCCAGGAAAUUUCGAUAUCCUUUUAUUAACAUGUACAUAGAUAAUUAAAGUUUGACGCCCAUGCAUCAAAUGUAAAUAUUCAGACCAAUUUUUAGAAUGGAACGUGGAAUUAUAGUGUUUUCCUAAUGCAGAUAGUAGGAAACGAAGAUAUCUUGUAAACAAUCGUUCUACUAAGUUCUUUGAAUGUUUGCAUGGCGAUAAAAUAUAAUUGUUUUUGUUUGUGGGAACCCCACGUAAAUUUAUUACUGCAAAGCUUUCGAUCCGUAAGCCCGGAUCUUCAUCAGUGCUAUAUAAUAUUCAGACAUAUUAUUAGCACUGAUGAAGAUCCGGGCUUACGGAUCGAAAGCUUUGCAGUAAUAAAUUUACGUGGUGUUCCCACAAACAAAAACAAUUACAAUCGUUCUACUGUUUGCAAUUCCCUUCAAUUCAACCUUUUUGUUUCUUUGGUUCAUUCCGACAAAACGUCGAGGCGGAUUGUUUUUUGAAUCGUCAUGCUUCAUCUUCCUAUGACAAAUGAUUAUCCACUAAAAUUUAACUGUUCAACAGAAUCUUCAAACCAAGAGUAAAACAAGGAAAGGAAUAUUAUGAAAUUGAGUGGAAUACUGAAGAUGAAACUAGCAAGCUCUGGCCAAAAGCGUUU